CAAUCAGUUAACCAAACCUUUUCCGCCAAAUUUUGGAGAAAGUUAGAAUCGCAAUUUUUCUCAUGUUUACAUUCGACUCACUCGAUUUUCGCAAUAAACAAGUUUACUAACACAACAUGCAUUACUCAGCAUUCGUUUACUAUAAACUAGCCAACACUAUUUAUUUCCUGAUCGCUCAAAACAUGGAAUAGAAACAAGCAAAAAUAGUAUUUAACCAAUUUGGUCGUCUCACAGUAAUUUUUCUGGUCAACUUUAUCACACGUGUAAAUGACUUGUCUGUGUGAUUGGAUUGGUGCACGCAGCUGAUUGUGCAUGACGUCAUAUUUAACUGUUGAGAAUUAGUCAUCGUCAUCUGUUUGUUUCUCUUACUCUUCAUUGUUUGUCCGUGUUUUUCAGUUAUAAUACAAGUUUUACUUUGUGAUCAUAUAAAGUUUACUAAUUAAUGGACAUAUUUCAUACUAUCAUAAUUCAAGUUAUCAAGUUUGGUAUUGACGUGUAAUAUUUAUAACAUAAUUUUUAUUAAUUGGUGGACUUUGAGUAACCGAUCAUGGCGGUAGGGAAGUGUGGAAUCAUGACCACCAAUUACAUUCGAAUGUAAUUCCGAAGUAAAUUCCAUCCACCACCCAACAAAAACUCAAUUUAUGCAAUUGAUUCGAGUUGAGAGAGGACUGAUUUAACUUGUCAAGUUAUCUAGUUGUCCCCCGAGGAUUCCUCAUUCAUCAGAAAAUCAAACCACAACGAAGGGAAGAUGGACCAGUCCACUCAUUCUCAUACAGACGACUUCGAAACAACAACGGAGUUGAAAUUUGAACAAGGAGGAGUUUCGCAAAAGUUUGCAGUUAAUGGAAAGCGAAGAAAUCAGUCACACCUUGUUCCAGGGAAGCUUUAUAUCACAGAAAACCGUUUUGGAGAAUAUCUGGAAUGGAAACCUGUAGAAAAUCCUUCGCCACGAUCACGAUCUACUAGUCCAUAUGUACCAAAUAUUCCAGAAUUACAUGGCUCAAAUCCCGCUGCUGGAAUUGGAUUUCGAAAAGACAAUGACGAAACCGUAGAAUUCAUUCCUGACCCACGAAUGGCGGAAUAUCGUCGGCCAAUUAAGAUAGAAUUGUCAGAACUCAGGUCAUACAUGAUGGUGGGGAAGCAUGAACUAAUCUUUAUCCAUUCGGAUGGAACGACCCUAAAUCCGUUUGUCUUUGAAAGAAGCCCACCAGAAAAUUUUAUUUCAGCUUUGGAACGCUGUAUCGGAAUAACAAAGUCCAAGCACACAAAGAACUUGUUCAUGUUCGGUUCGAAAAAGAAUUCCGGGGCACUUAACGACAACUCUGACAUUAAAAGUGUUGUGGCAGAAUUAUUUCCAGAUCAAGUAAAUCAGUUUAAUAACAUAUGGGGAUUUGUAAAAGAAUUCAGGAACGAUCCUUAUGCUGGUGCCUGCACGGUUGCUGCAAAAAUUGGACAUUUAGCAACGAAUGGAGAACUUCCCGGUGGGCACAUUUUUAAUGUUCCACGGCCAUUUGAAGAUUCCAAAGAGUCGAGUCCAAGUCGCAAUAAUGGAGAGUCUCACAAUCAAAGUUUUCAUUCAGAUGGCAUGGAUGCUGAUUACACGACCAAUGAAGAGGGUUAUGAGGUCAUAUUUAAACCUGAAAGACCCAAUUUCGAGUUGCCACCAAGGCCCGAGACAUUCAGAGGACAACCUCUUAGUCAAGAACAGUGGUUGAACUAUUUGGACAAUGACGGAAGGAUUUUAAAUUUUGAAGAAAUUAAAAGAAUUAUUUUUCAAGGGGGUGUCGAGGCAUCAAUACGGCCGCACGUUUGGCCUUUGCUCCUUGGAGUUUAUGACAAUAAUAGUACUUACGAAGAGCGGCGACAUAAUUUUAUUGAAAAAACAUGCUCUUAUAAUAGGAUGAAACAUCAAUGGGCAACAAUUACUGAGGACCAAGAAGAAAGGUUUCAUGCCUUCAGAGAUUUCAAAUCAUUGAUAGAGAAAGAUGUCUCUCGCACUGACAGGACAUUAGAUUUUUUUAAAGGAGAUAAUAGCAAAGGAACUGACACAUUACGGAAUAUUUUAAUGACUUAUAUGAUGUAUCACUUUAACCUCGGUUACGUACAGGGCAUGAGCGAUAUUCUUGCCCCAAUACUAAUGGAAAUUCAAGAUGAAAUUAUGACUUUUUGGUUAUUUGCAAAGUUCAUGGACAGAAUUCACCCAAAUUUUGAGCUCAGCCAGGAGUCGAUGCAAAAACAACUUAAGGAUAGUUAUAUGCUGCUGCAAAUUGUGGACCCACGCCUUGGAGCAUAUUUGGACGCCUGUGAUGCAUCUAACAUGUAUUUUGGCUUUCGGUGGUUGUUGAUUUGGUUUAAGAGGGAGUUCACAUAUUCUGACGUAUUGAUCUUAUGGGAAUCUUUGUGGACUGGUCUGCCUGGGGUAAAUUAUCCCCUCUUUGUUGGUCUUUCGAUUUUGAUUCAAAAUCGAUCAACCGUGAUGGAGAAUAAAUUUGGCCUUAGCGAAAUCUUGCGGCACGUGAACGACUUGUCGAUGAGGAUCGAUUUGGAAAAAACAUUGGCCCUUGCAGAAGCAUUAUACCGUCAGGUUAUGGCUGUCGAGGCAAAACUACCAAAUGCAAUUAGAACAAUUAUUGGAUUACCGGAGAUCGAAGAACCAGCUCUCGACAAUUUAGAAGUUGUUCAAGGACCUUCUGCAUCGCCUCGGCAGAGAAAAUCGACUUCACCUUCUCCUUGUCCUGAACCAGGAGGCAGCAAUUUAUCAGUCCCGAAUGAAAACUCCAACCUUUCUACCAGCCCUGAUGUGGAAGCUUUAGAAAAUCAAUAUGAGCUUGGCGUUACUCAGUUCAUGUAAUUAGUUAUACUUUACAAAUAUAUGUAAUUUUAGUUUUUUCUUCUUUUCGACUACUUUUCAAGGCUGAAAAUUUGUGUGAUAUUUUCUCUAAACUGAAAGUACCUUUUUCGCAUAUAUUACAUGAUGACAAGCAAAAGAUAUUUCCAAAAAAUAAAGUCAGUUAUUUUGUCAAAGUCCAGGCUUAAUGUAGUAAUAUGUUUAAUGCAAAAUUGUAAUCGUAUUUUACAUUGAGAAACCGUAAGAAUAUUAAUCAUGUGUACUUUGCGCAUUCUCAUGUCCUUAUACUUACAUAUGUAUCUAUAGCUGAUAGGGUUUAAAAUGUUCUUUUUAUGUACUGUCAUUUGUGUAGCUUUAUUGCUGUAUGUAUUUAGUACGCAAAACCACAAUACAUCACAAUAUACUAUGAAAAA